AAGAUAAAUAAAAUACUUGUAGUUAGAAACAAUUCUAUGUAAAAGUAAUUUGAAAAUAGUUGUUAUGAAUUUGGGACACUAAUUUUAACUCUUGAACAUAGCGUAUUAGAUUGUUUAGAGACAUUCAAGAUGUUAAUAGCAAAAGACUUCUAUUAAUGAAUAAACCUUUAAUUUUCAAUUACCUUAAAAUCCUUCUUCAACUAGCAUUAGUUUUUAAGAGACAUUUGUUACUGUACAUGUUAUAGUUUCUUACAUAGGUUUUUUGCUAGCUUGAUAAUAAUCUUUAGUAACAAACUUUAACCAAGCAUUUGUUUGGGCACUUUUAUGAUACCAUGCAUUUUGUGUUGAUAUAAUUUAACAACAAGAAAACCUUAACAAAAAAGCACUUGUUAAAUGUUAUUUCCUAGUUUUUGUCUAUUUUUUUAAUGUUAACAGAGUAGUGCCUUAUAGGUUUUAUAAAACACUAUCUUGCUUGCGUUUGAUAUUUAUCACACAUUUUUUAGGUCCUUUCUAAGUAUCUUUAUUCAAGGUAGCAUUCAUCAUAGAACUUUUAAUGUUUUGAAAAGCAUGCCAUAUUAGAGAGAGAAUAACAAGUUUUUUAUAAUACUUCUUAGGAGUAAUUGCUGAAUUUAGAAAACAAUAUGUUGUUUUAGGAGUUUUGGUUGCUUUUUAUUGUUUUAGCUAGAAAAGUAGUAAAAGGAAAAUGCUAGUUGUGGUUUGGGUUGAACAGACCAACAGCAAAAUUCAGGGGGUAAGGAAGCUGCUGGAAAGUAAAUGCCAGGAGCGUUGGUGAUGAAUCUUAGGGCUUUUCAUUUGAAGAGUUGUAGUUCAUUGGCAACAGGAUGCAAAUACAUAGUGACUAAGCAGUGGCCAAUUUAAAGGUAGUCACAAGAUUGGGGCUUAUAGAUGGUCUCUUCUAUUAAAUGACAUUUGUCUUUGUGAGAACUGAUUAGGAAAAUAAAGCUUUAAUUUCCUGAUCCUCUUUGUGUCCUUUAGUGUUUCAGUAAUGGUUAACUUGCUUUCAGAUAUCUAGACUUGAGUAGUUGGCUGUUUAAGGAUUCUACAAGUCCCUGUAUACAGAACUUGGGGUGCUUGCAUUUUGUUGUACAGAAUCUUUAUUAGUUUUAUCCUGUCCUCAGAGUAAUCAUGGGACCAUAAGGGAUUAAGAACCCUGUUUUAGAACCAGGGAUUUUUAGCUCAGUGGCGUAAACACCUUCCUGGCAAGCACAAGGUCAUGAGUUCAAUCCCCAGUACAAAUAAAAAAAAACCUCUGUUCUAGAUAUUUGCUGCUGCUUUUUCAGAGAACCUUUUGGAGAGAAAGUAAGAGCUGAAUAGAUUUUAGGGCUGACAUUUCCCAAAGCUUUGAAAUGAAAAUAUUUUUUUCCUAACAUUCCAAACAAAUUAGCUAUUUUUUUAAAUGCUUCAAUUUUUGAUUUAAGUGACUUUCCUUAAAGUAGGAAUUCUAGUUUGGGCUUCACAAAUAUUGUUUAGUAAUUGGCAGGUUUAAGUUAUGUGACCUAAUUUUAGCAACUUUAUUAUUUUAAUCAUGGAUCAAUAAUUUCCUUUUGUUAAAUACAGUAUAUUGGCCGGGCGUGGUGGUGCAUGCCUGUAAUCCCAGCACUCAGAGUUAGUAAUCCCAGCAAAGAGUUAGCUUUCCUAAAUUUAAAAUAACCAUUUAGCAAUGAGUAGCAUAUUUUCUUGAUUUUUAUAAUUGUUGUUAUUAAGUUGACAACUAUAUGUUGAACAGUUCUCAUUAUAGUUAGAUAUUCUCUUAUAGGGAGAUUAAAGCAGUGUACAGUUCAUUGGAAAUAGUACAAUGAGUGGUGGCCGGUUAAACUAUUUAAUAUAAAAAAAAUACUUUCCCGAUUUUACAUAGCUUAAACUUUUAUUUCUUUAGUUUAGAGUAACGUAUCAAAUUUUGGAGUAGAAGUAUAUCAGCUACCAAGUUAAAUGCAUGUGUACCAUAUAGAUAAUGUAAGAAGGAUUUUUACAUAUUGAGAAGUGACUUGCAUUAGCUUUCCCUUUUCACCCGCACCUCUUGGUCAUUUUGACUGCACUUAAUAAUAAAGCACCCCUAAAUUAGUCUAAAAUAUGCUUAUGUAUACUUUAAUUAAUAUAAAAUUACAUUGCAUGGCUUUCUGACUUGGGUUUUUGUUGUAAAAGUGCCUGUUUUGUUCAUGUGUCCUGAGAGAACAAGCAUUGUGACAUACCUGGCUAACUUAAAAGCAGAUUGCCUGUGAAGCACAAUUUGAGUCCAAUUUUUUGAGAGAUGCUCGAGUGGUAAAAGACAUGGCAACAGGAAAGUCUAAAGGAUAUGGCUUUGUCUCUUUUUUCAACAAAUGGGAUGCGGAAAAUGCCAUUCAACAGAUGGGUGGCCAGUGGCUUGGUGGAAGACAAAUCAGAACUAACUGGGCAACCCGAAAGCCUCCAGCUCCAAAGAGUACAUAUGAGUCAAACACUAAACAGUUAUCAUAUGAUGAAGUUGUGAGUCAGUCUAGUCCAAGCAACUGUACUGUGUACUGUGGAGGUGUUACGUCUGGGCUAACAGAACAGCUAAUGCGUCAGACUUUUUCACCAUUUGGACAAAUAAUGGAAAUUCGAGUCUUUCCAGAUAAAGGAUAUUCAUUUGUUCGGUUCAAUUCCCAUGAAAGUGCAGCACAUGCAAUUGUUUCUGUUAAUGGUACUACAAUUGAAGGUCAUGUCGUGAAAUGCUAUUGGGGCAAAGAAACUCUUGAUAUGAUAAAUCCCGUGCAGCAGCAGAAUCAAAUUGGAUAUCCACAACCUUAUGGCCAGUGGGGCCAGUGGUAUGGAAAUGCACAACAGAUUGGCCAGUAUAUGCCUAAUGGUUGGCAGGUACCUGCAUAUGGAAUGUAUGGUCAACCAUGGAACCAACAGGGAUUUAAUCAGACACAGUCUUCUGCACCUUGGAUGGGACCGAAUUACGGAGUACAGCCGCCUCCGCCUCAGGGCCAGAACGGCAGCAUGCUGCCUAAUCAGCCUGCGGGGUAUCGAGUAGCAGGGUAUGAAACCCAGUGAGAAGGGACUGCAGACUCUGAAGCCAGUGGCUUGAGGCUACCAGAAGUGUAGUGAAGCCGUUGUUUACUUAAAGAUUUAUCAAAUCAGUCAGUGCAAAUAUCAGAUACAAUGUAUUUAUUUAAAAGAUUCAUUUUUUAAUCAUGAAAUUACUUAUCAUCCACAUUGUUUUAAAAAGAAACAAGAUGCUGGAUGUCUGCCAAUUUUUGCCUUCAUUACCUGUUUUGAUAAAGUUUCUCAGAUCCUUGUUUCAAAUACAAAUGCAGGGAUUGCUGCCACUUUUUUUAAAAGUAAGAGGCAGAAAAUUGCACAAUGUUGAACUUUUUUCCACUAAAGUAGUAUGCAGUUCUAGUUUGCAUUCCUGAUAUGAUUUAAAACAUGUAAUAUAAAGAUGUAAAGAAAGAGAAGAAGAGGAGGAGGAGGAGGAGAAAGAAGAGGAAGAAGAAGAAAAACCAAAACUGCAAAGUCUAGAAGUACUUUGCAAUCUUCAGCUUCUGCACAAUUCUGUUUUAGGUUUUAAAAAAUGCAUUGUUUGAGCAGUCCCAUCUCCACUGUUAACCCUUUAGGCUUUUUUUAAAAUAUAAAUUAUUAGUUUACAUCAUUUUGUAUUUACAUUUUUCAGAAAUUUGUCUUGCCUUAUUAAAGUUCUGUAAAAUACACUUAAACGGAAAAAAUGAUGUUCACCUAGAUUGAAAGCUUUUUCAGAUGGGUUGAUAAUUGUAUUCAUCUUGUGUUUUAUAUGAGAAGGUGCCUCAAGAAUUCCCUGUUGGAUUUGUUUAAAAGGAUUUUUAUCUUCUGUGAUAAACUUUGCUGUAUACCAGGAACUGUAAAAACAAACCUUGUUACUAAAGAAAAUCUCUGAAAUGUGAUUAAGUUCUUGCCAUGUUACUUCCAUGUGUCAGCUUCUACAUUUACAUGUUAUUAUUUCAUUAUGUAAAAUGUUUUCUCAAUUUAUUAAUAUUUUGCACACUUAGCAAACUUUGUAUGUCAUUUCCUUCUUAAAGGCAUCGUGGAGGCUUGACAUGAGAUUUAGAAGUUUUAAGUUGUUUGCAUGUGAAUAUCAAAUACAUACUUUGGUAGUUUUUGAGUAUAAAGUCAUCUGCUCUUGUUUUUUCAAGAAUUUUGAGACACAAAGUUGUAUGUAAAGGAAUAUUUUAAUUUUCCAUUUUCUAGUUAGAUUUACUUUAAAAGAGUAAAUCAAGUGAAUUUUAAUGUGUACAAAUAAGUGGUAGCUGUGAAACUGUAGAAUAUCCUUAUGUCAGGCUUGGGGUUCAUUGUAAACUCCAGAAUUACCCUAAAGGACCAGCCAAGCAAAGCAUUUUUUACAUGUUCAGAGGCCAAAAGAUAAACAAACAAAAACUUUAAAAUCCUACCUCCUUAAAAUAGCCUUCAAAGAAGAAAAUCCUCAGUGCAAUCAUCAUUUUGAUUCUUGUGGUACCUGUUCUCUUGGAGUUCCCAAUUUGGGAGAGGGGCCUCCAACCAUUAAGAUACUUACUCUUUGAUGGCAUUGUUCUAGCUUUGAAAUUUCUGGUACAUUUCAGAGUCUUUUAGUUUUGCUUUUAUUUUCAGUGAAGGUCAGAAACCAUCUUCUUCCUUGACUUACAGAGGCAAAGGGUCCCUAGAGUAUAUAUUUGAGUGUUUGAUGGUUUUUAACACCUUCAGAGAACUCCCAGCAUUUUAUCUAACAAUAACAAUAAGAACAACAAAGACCUGUGAAAUCCUAAAACCUUUUUGCGUGUAUCUUCCAGGUAGAAGCAAAGGACACUUAAGCUGGUCUCUAAGCCAAUACAUUUUAAACCAGAGCCCAAGAAAGACAGCUUUAAGUAUAUCAUUCUCUGGAGCUCGAUUCUAUGCAGUUGUACUGAUGUUUCAUUAAGUCACUGUGUAUUUUUAAGUAUUAAUACAUUAAAAGUUGCUUUAUGGAAGAUGAGUAAAAUUUUAGAAUACAUGGAAAUUUUAUUUCCUUGUUUGUUAACUUCUAUAAAUCAGGGCAUGCAAUCAAAAGCAGCUUAAAUGAAAUACUCAAAAAUAAAAAAAUAAUCAGGAAGCUAUUUUUAGGUUCUUCUGACUUAAGAUUCUAUUUUAGGACCCUCAUUUUUUCUCUUAGAAAAAAAGAUUUUAUUUGCUGUAUAUCUCAUGGACUGUAGGGUGAAUUGUUGGGAAAAAGUAAUCUGACUAGAAGUACAGUUUUCAUUUUCACUCUCAAGUAAUAGUUUUUAUUAGCCAAUAUAUUUUCUUACUGUAUAAAUCUUAAACUCUACAUUGACUACUUUUUGAGAAGUGAUACCAGUAUUCAUGAUGAAAAGGUUACUACUGAACAACUGCACAUUUCAGAAACAUUACUAACUUUGAUUUAAAUCUUCAUGUUAAAGCAAAUCAUUUAAAGAUUUUUCAGUCCAAAAAAUUAUACUGGUAUUAGUUUCAGGUAAGGAGAUUAAAGUUCUUAAAGUGAUUUUAUUCUUUGCAAUAUGCAUUCAGAUUUUACUUUCUGGUACUGUAAAGAACCUAAAGUGAUUCACUCUUAAUGGGUCAUUAAUCCAGAAUUCCUUACCCUGUUUGGAUAUUAAAGUUCCUUUAUGUUUUCUAUAA